AUGUAUUCCCUCAUCCCCUCAGACGCUUCUGGCGCCCGUCUCUCCGUUCAGGAGCGCCAGCGCGCCGUCCUGGAGCAGAUGCUCUCGGCCUGCGCCUCCACCUCCGACGUGACCGACGACGGAUCCGACGUGUGGAAGGUCCUCAUCUACGACGCGGCCGCGCGCGAAAUCAUCGCCCCUCUGCUCCGCGUCGCUGAUCUGCGAGCGCGCGGCGUCACGCUGCACAUGAUGCUCCACUCGGCCCGCCACGCCAUCCCGGACGUCCCGGCCGUGUACCUCGUCGCCCCCACGGAAGAGAAUGUGCGCCGCAUUUGCGCAGACUCGGCAAAGGGCAUGUACGCCAGCCUCUGGGUUAACUUCACCACACGCGUGUCGAGGGAGCUGCUCGAGACCCUCGCGGAGGGCGUCGCCGCCGCCCCGGUCGCGCGUCAGACUAACUCCCUGGUUGCUGCCCCGGGCGCUAUCGCGAGGGUCUACGACAUGUACGCAGACUUUUUAACCUUGGAGGAUAACCUGUUUUCCCUCAAUUUGCCCGGCUUGUACACCGGGCUCACCGCGACUAAUGUCUCUAAUGCCGACGUCGAGGCCUGCGUGAAUACCAUCGUCGACAAACUCUUUUGCGCUAUAGUCACGCUUGCGGCGGUUCCUGUCAUCCGCGCUCAACGAGGCGGCCCUGCGCAGCUCGUGGCCACACUGCUGGAAAGGAGGAUCAGGGAGCACUUAAUCGCUAGCAACAACAUCUUCUCAGAGUCGGGCGGCUCCUUUUCAGCAACGGCUGUCACGAGGCCUUUGCUCGUCAUCGUAGAUCGCAGCAUCGACCUUUCCGUUAUGCUACAUCAUACAUGGACAUAUCAGGCUCUCGCACAUGAUACACUGGGACUUAAGCUUAAUCGCGUCACGGUACCGGUUAAAGAUGCAGCCGGGGCGAUGCCUGGGAUGCCACCGCCGAUGAAGAAGCGAGUGUUUGAUUUGGAUAAGAGCGAUUUCUUCUGGGCAGAGAAUGCCGGCUUGCCAUUUCCGAAGGUUGCCGAGGCUGUCGAGACGUCCUUGCAGCGGUAUAAAGAAGAGGUGGCGGACCUAAAUCGGACGGCAGGGACUGUUGGUGAGAAUGCCAUCGACCCCAUGACUGCUGAUGUCAAAGAUGAGAACACAGCAAAUAAGCUCGCGGCGGCUAUUUCCAGCAUUCCGGAGUUAACGAAGAAGAAGCGCAUGAUUGAUUUGCAUACAAACAUUGCGACGGCGCUACUAGACCAGAUCAAGGACCGCGGACUUGAUGGAUAUUUCCAGGUUGAGGAAGAGCUGCUGACGAGACCUGGCACGUUUGACGUAGGGCGCGUGUUGGCGUUGCUGAGGGAUGCGAGGGGUACGCCAACAGAUAAGCUCCGAGUCUUCCUCAUAUUUUAUUUAUGUGUGGAUAGUGCCACUGACGCAGAGUUAUCGCGCUGCACAGCUGCCCUGCAAGCGGCUGGGUGCACAGAUUUGAGGGCAUACAGCUAUCUGAAAAGCAUUCGGGCCUUCACAAAGAGUAUUUCGAGCGUGCCAGCAGCCCCGCUUACGACCUCAUCCAGUAUUGGGAGCGGGUAUGCAGCAUCUGUGCUGGACACUCUGUCUCAGGUCGCAAACAAUGUGAAUAAGUUGAUCAUUUCCGCAGACAAAGCGCUCGCGGCAGCUCGAGUCGUACAAACUCUAAUGGAGCAGAAGGGUGACACAGAAAUUUUAGAAGGAUACUUGACAUUAGAUCCAAAGGCUCCAAAGGGUAGCGUGGGACACGCAGGGAAGCCAGCGAAGGAGGCUAUCUUAUUCGUUGUGGGGCCCGGCAAUUACAUUGAGUAUCAAAACUGUCAAGAUCACGUUUGCUCGGUAGUGAAACAAGACGGCAAGAAUUCGACACUCGUACCCAAUGGCAAAACGUUGAUAUACGGAGCUACAGAGCUCUGCACGGGUGCAGAGUUUUUGCAACAACUACACGCGAACGGAGGCCCAAAACCAUCUCCUCCUGUUAAUGGGACUGGAGGCUCGGGCGCCCUAGAUAGAUCUAACUCGACAAAAUUGUAAACUGCACGACACAGCUAUCGGGCUGGAUGCGAAAGGCCUGCUCCAUAAUGUGAAACGGGUGAGGCGCAUGUGUCC